AUGGAGACCAUCAACAACCUCACUGCUACUGCCUCCAAAGCCAUCUGGGGCGAGAACCAGACCGGCAACAAGGAGCCUGUCUCUGGAGUCAAGGGUGACACUGCCCGCGGCGAGCCCUACGAUGCUGGCAACCUGGAAACCCCACAACAAGAGAAGGUAGCUGAGAACUUCAACUACGGACAGCAUGGCGAGGAAAACAUAUCCGGACUUGGACGAGAAGAUCCUCUUUCAACAACAACUGCUUCAUCUGCAGUACCGGCUCCUGCUGCCGCCCCCAACCACUCAAAGGAUACCACUGCUGAGCAGAACGAUACCCGCACCCCAGAACAAGCCGACAAGGGUAAAAAGGAUCUCCACGAUGUAGACGACACCUCUGAAGGUACCGAUGCGAAGAUUGGCGAGGGACCUGGCCCCCGUCCUAUCCAAAGCCUCGCCAAGGAGUUUGGCGGUGAUGCAGGUAAUGCUCCUGUCGAAGGAACCUCCAACAAGCCCACUGAAGUCGGCUCCGGCGCUGGCGAAUCGUCCAGCUCAGAGAAACAGCCCCAUGACCCAAAGGAGGAUGAAUAUAUCACUGCCUCCGGAUUUGCUGCCGAUGGCGGCGACUUCGACGCCUCAAAGCCCGGUGCUGGACGUGAGGCUGACCGACUCAUGGAGCAGAAGGGUGUUCACCUCGGUGAAGGCGGUAGCUCAGAGCCAGCCUCUCAUACCGAGUCGCACUCCAGCAGCAAGCACCACGGUAGCUCUCAUGAGGAGAAGAAGGACAAGCCUAGUCUGGGCGAGCGCAUCAAGGCCAAGCUUCACAAGCACUAA